AAACCGCCCCCCAAGCCGGCGCGCUAUUUGCUCCACACAGGUGCGGCCUUUAAGCGCCAGCCAGCCAGCGUCGCAUGCACAUCAAUCCGUCACUCUCGCGGACCAACAUUCCGGACGGCUCUCUAGACCAUCAGAUAAUAAUCCAAAUUUGGAAACAUCACACCGCACUUGGCAUCCCACAAAAGACGAAGGCGAAAAGAAGCACCGGCAAACUGUGCUUGGGAGACGCACUGCAACCCCAGGGCAUCCUUUUUCGGGUCUUAUUCUUAACCCCUGCAUGGGGGCUGCUCUCCACACAACCGCAAACGACUGACACGCGCGCGUCUCGUCGCUCGACCCCUCCAUCCUUAAAACCCAUUGACGUUUGCGACCAGCUGCAGGCCAACUGCGCCGCUCGCACACACGACACCAGUCUGCUAUAGCUGCGCGCUCUGUUUGCUAGGUGGAAAAAAAAACCAGCACGAUAGCAGGCGAGCACCACAGCAGAUCUCGAGCGGGAUAGCUCCAGAUUCACAAAAUGGCAUCCAAUGAGCCCAAGCUUCUGUACGCCAUAGAUGGCAUCUCGGCGUACCACAUCAACAACGGCAACGAGGCCACCCUCACACCGGCCGGUCCCCAGACAUUGUCUCUGCUAAUGGUCCCGACCACAUCGCCCUUCGCCGACCUCUCCGUCGACCCCCACACCGGUGCGCCCCCAGAAGAGGACUUCUACCUCCAUCUGCAUCUCCCGCCAGAGCUGGACCUCCCGCUGCCCGCCACGACCCAGAUCUACCACCAGCCGCCCAGGAGCUACCUCAUCCCCCGCUGGGACCUGGGCCGCGACAACGGCGCAUUCACCAGGAUAGAGUUCCCUGAGCCUGGCAGCCGCAAGCACAUACAAGAAGAUGUCGACACGUUUGAGACCAUCCUGGCCCAGUGCACCGCCUUCCUCGAGAGGGCGCCGCCGCCCAAGGGGUCGAGCUCCAAGGGCGAAAAGACGGAUGUCUUUGACGGGCCGUCCACAUGGCGCCCUGGAGCGUCGGCGGCAACCGCGGCCGUCACAUCCGCAUCCGCAUCUGCAUCAGCACCGUCGUCGUCCAGGUCCAAACCUUCCAAGUCUUCCAAGUCCAAGGCUGCCGCCGUUGAGGAUCUACCACCAUACAACCCCGCCGACUACAUGCCAGGCGAGGCAUAUGCGCAGGGAAGCCACAGCGUUCCUCACGGGGGUCAGAUCGUGCUCAUCGACGAGGAAGAUGGGAGCGUGAUAGGGGAGCUGGGAGAGAACUUCCAGGUGGUGGAAGACAAAGCCCUGAAGCCAGGCUCCAAAGAGCCCGUGGAAAUCACGCUGCCGACGGAUUCCACGCAGUGCAUAUCGGUCACGCCGGCGUCGGAUGAGUCGGUGAAGAUGCUGAUGCACCCGGCGUACCAGCGGUCGACGCUGGUGUCGCACGCGUCGCUGGCGUCGCGGCUGAUCGUGACGACGUCGGACAAGAUCUCCAAGACGCUGCAGUCGCAGGCCAACAGCUUCACCGAGAAGAACGAGCCGGCGACCAAGCCCAUGACGUUCAAGCCGGCGACGCACGAUCGCAUCCGGCGCAUCAACACCUUCACGGGCAGCGCGGCGGGCCUGUCGGCCAAGACGGUCGGGCAGAUCGGCAAGGUGGCGCAGAACCUGGGGGCGACGCUGGGGCGGCGGGGCCACAAGGGCGGCGGGCGCGGGUUCGACAAGGACGGCAACCCCAUCGAGGACUACAAGCCGGGCCUGCUCAACAAGAGCCUCAUCGCCUUCUCGACCGUGGCCGACGGCAUCGAGCAGGCGGGCAAGCAGCUGCUGACGUCGGCGUCGACGUCGGCCACCACCGUCGUGCACCACAAGUGGGGGCCCGAGGCCGGCGAGGUGUCCAAGAACGUCGGCGGGGGCGUCAAGAACGUCGGGCUCGUCUACAUCGACGUCACGGGCGUCUCGCGCCGCGCGCUCAUCAAGAGCGUGGCCAAGGGCAUGAUUGUCGGGAAGGCGCCUGACGGCAGGGACCUGGUCGUCGGUGGGGGCGACGGCGGCACAAUCCCGCCCGACAUGAGGCUCAAGGACGCCGAGACCAACGGCGGCGUCUCGAGUUCUGCCAGCUCCAUCAAAGGCGAGAAGAAGGGGGCUCUGGAGUACAAGUAGCAGCAAGGCAGCACCUAGUCGGAUCACCUAGCCGGAUGCCUACCUACUUCCCUGGGUAGAUACCCAGCGGAGCUCGAGAAUCUGCAGCCGAGCCGCUGCAUGUUGGGAGAGCCUUUAUGUUUCUUUUUUUCUUACUUUCUUUCUUUCUUUGCUUCGUGUUCGUGACUGUUGUCUGUCAGCCGAACGUCUUUAAUGGUUGCUUGAAGCUUUGGUAGUUGCGUUUGAGCACAGGUUCUGUUUGUUUGCUUGCUUCACCCUGCCAGCACAGCACUGUUCGCACUCUGUUUUCCAGGGGCUUGGCUGCUCAUCCAGCCGUGACGGCGAGGUGGUGACUUGGCGGGCAAUUGUCUUGGCCACAGAAUUCAAAUGAGAGGAGGGAAAGAAAUAAAAACAAUCUCACGAUCAAGAAAACAUUGACGAGUCUUCAGGCUAAAAUUGCCAGCCGUCCCCUGUCGAUGACAGUUCCGCGCGGGAGAGCG